AUAACUUAGGUGAGCAAUCACGGGUCCUAUUCAAUAUUUCGGUAAAGCGAUCUGUUGUGUCUGACACUAGGAACCAAGCCUCAUCUCUGCCCAGAGACCAAUGGUAGAAAUGCCUCUUAUGUGCGUCGUUUGGUCUUCGGUGGGGGUUGUCAAAGGGUAUGGCCGAUACUAUAGUAUAGGAACCACACUGCCAUUAAAGUAGCUAGAAGCGAGCUCGACCGACAAACAGAGACAUCGAUGGCGAGUGGUUCCAGUAAGUAUCGUGCAAGUUGCUGAAGUGGCUAAGACCAUUUCAAUAGUUCUAUGUGCUGAACUAAGACCGACAUAUUGUAAAGACCGACGGACAUUUCCCGCUCAUCCUGUCCGAUAUAGUGGCGGCACUCGGACCAUUUGUUUGAGAACGUAAGCGAGCUUGCAUAUAUUUCGGUUAGCUAACGCUGCAGUGGUUCAGCUGACCGGCGUUUAUACCUAGAGUUCAGCUUCCACAUCGUCCAUCACUCUGUGAAACCUAUACGACCCUGGGUUUCACCUCAAACCGAGAACCCCCGCCUUGAAUCUCAUUUCUCUUUGUUGUUUCUCAAGUCUGUCAAUAGUGCAAGAAAGCGAAUCUCAGCUGUAUCUCGAAUGUCUCAAAUGUAUUGGCAUACACGCCAACACUUGGUGCAGAUUGCCUCGGGAAGUAUUCCCUUGGAGGUAGAAAGAAUGCAAGAUGCCCCACUGGUAUUCUGGCCGCUUCUAACUGACGUGGCCCAAGCUCGUUUACACCAAGAAAUGACUACUAUCAUAUAUCAUAGGUCAUCUUGGCUGACCAUAAAACUAUUUAAGAAGGCUGAGCGCUGUGCACUUUCAACCCAUCCUGUCCAGCCCAUCAAACACAGUCACAAACGCCCUUCAUCAAACGCAAAAGUCUCCCCAACAACUGUAAACCCUCCUACUGCCGAGAAGAUGAUGACCGUUUACACUAUCAACUUCCAAAGCAAGCGUGGUGUGAACAGCAACUAUGCUCUCUUCAUAGAACCCCCGGUCAUCUCUGGAACUUCUCCCGAGGCGUGCAUGAACGUCUGGUAUACCUCGUUCGUCCUCAACCACGGGUACUUUGAUAUCAAAACUGGCGUCGAUUACUAUGCGUGUAUGUUAACUUCUCUUUGAGGUUCAUGUUUGCUGUAACUUGCCAAUCCUUACCCAGGGGUCGGAACUGCCACGGCCAAACCCGCGCCCGGAGUGACGGUCAAUACUGGUAUGAGCUUGCGCACUAGUUUGGGUCAAGGAGGGGACUCCUGGUGGCAUGUUCUUUGUGAUAACCGGAGUGAUUGAAGAAGGAAUUCACUAACGUGAAUCUGUAGACACGUUUGGCAUGGUCAUCGAAGCACAAUCCCCCGACGAUCACGGCCCUCCCCUUCCACUGCCUCGCGAGCUCAUACGCGAUUGACACCGGAACUGACUUCCCAGUCCCAACCAACACGUACAUGAUCGGAUUGGGAAAGCUCAAUAGUCGAGGAGUGGUUGCUCCUGUUGCUUCCGUAAAUUGUGAAUGUACCAGUUUUUUGUCAAACAACCAUGGUGACUGACGUAUACCUGGGAGGUGGAGGGGGCAGACCAAUCCGCUCAACAAUAUGAAGAUUCAACUCUCGCCCAAGAUGAAGUUCAACAUUCUUGAGAGUAGCUUCGAGGCGGGAGUCAUAGUCCUGUGACUAGGGAGACCGCCACGAUUGAUUUUACAGAGAGAGAAUGCGCUGGGAAAUUUUAUGCGGUUGUAACGCAGGAUGAGACUGGGAAGUUCACGGUCAAGUGCUUUGACACGUACCGGGCUUGAGCUUUGAUCGGUAUAUAGAGUGAGUCGAAC